AUGUCGUCCUCCACUCUUCCAACAUAUUUCGAAUAUAGCUGGGCUAUCCUCAGCAGCAUCGGCAUAGCGAAUGUAUUGUUCGGUUUUACUGUCAUUAGUAUCACAAAUCUUUCGCAAAUUUCCAUCCUUCCGGUCAUCGUUUCGGCCGCUGGCGCAAUUGCAAAUGGUUUGUGUUACUGUGCAUACUAUGCCGAUUACCCUAAGACGCCGACUGCGGUUGCGUCGGCUCUUGCAGACAUAGCAUGGCUGGUUCAAGAAGUCGGCUUGACGUUCUACAGCUACCUCAUCCUAAACCGCGUGUUACAAGGCCGUCACCGCACCAUCUUCAUGUCCCUAUUCUGGGUGUUUAUCGUCGCAGCUAUAGUCCUCAGAAGCUUCAUUGUGGCCACAAGAGUGAAAUCUACCCUAGACGAUACACAAAGCCUCCAAUCGACCAUCGAUCACCUCCACGUAGGAUAUUUCUCCUUGAUAGCACUCAUUGAAUGUCUGAGUGCCUUCUUUCUUCUUCAGAAAUUUGCGCAGGCGCGAAGAGCAUCACAGGAUGUGGCUUCCAAGUCAGGAUUGUUCAGCUACCUGUUGAAAAGCACGGAGAUUCGUCUGGCCUCGUUAGCCUUGAUUGGGGUAUCAAGGGCAAUUACAUAUUCUUCGCAGUCGGAGGCCCAGAGUGCAACCUCUGUUGCUAGCCAAAUCGACCGGUUUGUUUAUACAUUGGAGACAAUUUUCCCAGUGAUGCUGUUUAUCGACAUCCUCGCCUCAAGAAUAGCUGUUGGCCAACACCGCUACGAAAUCUCCUCACACACUCGAAACCAAGGACAAAAAUCGUCAGGUCUUAAUACUCGUAGUCAACGAGAAAGGACCGAAUUCGAGAUGUACGGGAACAUGCAAACUCAAGUGUAUGUUGGAGACGAGGCUUCUAGUUCUCAGGAACAUAUUGUCAAUGCUGCUUCAAUAUCAAAUAACGCAGAAAGCGCGGAGUAUGGCCAAGGCGGCGAAAGAAAACACGACGGAAUUAGCAAAACGGUUGAGUUCAAGAUGCAUGAGGGCGCCGCAUGA